AUGUCUCUUCAGCUAGAGGACUACACUGGGGCGGUCCCGGUCGUCAUCUCUCUUAGCGACACGGACUGUACUGUACAGGAGAAGCCAUCCCCGCUGACGUAUAUGCUUCCACGAACCACUGUGCUCAUGGCUGUACGGGCGGAGGUACAAACAUUCUUCUCUGCCUUCACAGUAGCCAAGGCCGACGCGACACCGCUCGUCUGGCUGACGUGCAAGGGUGAGCCCGUACCGUGGCAGUACCCUGUAGGUGCCAUCAAGGAUAGCGUCAGCGCCGCGACAAUUGCGGGCAUGAACCAGAUGUCCGCGAGAUAUAUUCCUCCCACAGAAGAUGCUCAACCGUCACCAGCCGAUUUGUACCCCAGUGUGUUCGCCACACCACUGGAGUUGGAAGUGCGUAUCACAUGCGUGGCAGCCGACAAGCCGCCGACAGUGCCGUGCCCUGGGCAAGAAGAUGCGCAUCUCCGCCGUAGCGGAGAGCAGGCAAUUUGGGACUACAUGAAGCAAGUGCUGAAGGGAACCUUCUCUCUCAUGUACGGUAGCAUCAAGGCGCUUAUGGACGCCCGCAGUGAAGUGAUUAACGAUAUGUUGGCCUUCGCCACAUGCACAACUAUGGGAGAUCCUUUUGUUCGGGCCUUUCGGGCCCACAGGGAGCGCGUCGCAGGGCUGCGGCGUAUGGCGGGUGAACCCCAAAAUGUUGCCAUUAUGAUCAACGUGCCCUUUGGCAGGGGCCAACUCCAAUUUAUGCUAUUCCGUGUUUCUACUACAGACUGGGCUCUUUGCAAGAACAUUUCGCCCGCAGGUGAAGAAGGGAACGUUACAAGACAUAACGAGGAUAGCACCAGUGAUGAGAAAAACAACAAAAACAACAGUACAGCUAGUUGUAGUGACGGCUGUGAAGGGCCACAGAGUGGAGAUGCAAGACAAAAAAAACAACCCCUUGAUAUGCCGUUCGGGGAGGUGAUGUGGCGGGCGCUUCUUGUUCCCUACCUCCAGUGGCACAAACAUCAAGGGGACGAUUCUGCCACUGCAACAAAUGCUGCGCCUUUUUUCGACGCGCUGUCCCCCUUCUACGCUGGUCUAGAUGAUGCGCCAUCUCUCAGUCACGCUUUGGCCUCAAGGGCGGAGAUGCUCGUGGAGGAUUUUAUUGCGGCAGGCGAUUCGACCGCUGAGAGGUCGAUGAUUCGUGUGGCUCUCCCCACACCACCGUCACUGGAGCGUCGCUUGUGCUUCAUGGUGCAGGGACUCCAGCCGCCGCUGCAAACCCCGGUGGGCUACCUCCUAGACCGCUUUGCGUCGGCUGAUAUGCGGCUCUAUGUUACUUUGGCGGCCGUAUGA